AACAUCGAAAAUUGAAGACGGAGAAUUAAAAGAGAAAUAAAAAAAAUAAAACAAAAACAUAAGCGGCCUGAGAGGGGCGAAGAAGCAAAAUUUAGAGGGAAAGUUCCCAAAAAACUGCCCAGGAUAAGAAAUUAAAAAAAAGAAGCAAAAAUCAGGGUGUUGGACGGGAGGGAGUGUUGAAUGCGCGCACUGUCCUCUCUGUUUCAUCGUCCCUAAACGAAGCCCUGAAGCCACAUAGAGGAGGAGAUUUAUAUAUAAUAUAUAUAGAGAGAGAGAGAGAUAGGGGGCGAAGAGUCCGAUCGAUCGGAGAAUAGUCGGUUGGACAGACUCGUUCUGAGUUCAGAUCGGGUGAAGUCAGUACGGAAGAUGAGUGGGUGGGAGAGGGUUAGGCCGUCGAGAACCAGACUGGGUCGAAAUUCCAAUUCAAGUAUGGAGGAGCGCGUUCCCUCGAGUCGAACGGUUCGACUCGGCCGAGUUCAGCCUCAGGCGCCUGGUCACCGGACCAUUUUCUGCAACGAUCGCGAGGCCAAUCUUCCCGUUAAAUUCAGGGGAAAUUCUAUAUCAACUACGAAGUACAACUUUUUUACUUUUUUGCCAAAAGGACUGUUCGAACAGUUCAGGCGAGUAGCUAAUCUUUAUUUUCUCACAAUCUCAAUUUUAUCAACAACACCAAUCAGUCCUGUGAGUCCAAUUACAAAUGUGCUCCCUUUGAGUAUGGUGCUUUUGGUUUCUCUUAUUAAAGAAGCAUUCGAGGACUGGAAGCGUUUCCAGAAUGAUAUGUCUAUAAAUAAUAAUCUUGUGGAAGUAUUGCAUGACCAAAAGUGGGAGAGUAUUCCCUGGAAAAGGUUGCAGGUUGGGGACAUUGUAAGGAUUAAGCAGGAUGGGUAUUUUCCUGCAGAUCUGCUAUUUCUUGCUAGUACGAAUCCAGAUGGUGUUUGCUAUAUUGAGACAGCAAAUUUGGAUGGGGAAACCAAUUUGAAGAUUAGAAAGGCACUGGAAAAAACAUGGGAUUAUUCGACUCCAGAGAAGGCAUCAGAAUUUAAAGGUGAAGUGCAGUGUGAGCAGCCAAACAAUUCAUUAUACACUUUCACAGGCAAUCUCAUUUUUCAGAAGCAAACUAUACCUCUCACCCCAAACCAACUCCUGCUGAGAGGAUGCAGUCUAAGGAACACUGAGUAUAUUGUUGGGGCUGUUAUGUUCUCAGGUCAUGAAACAAAGGUAAUGAUGAAUGCCAUGAAUGUUCCUUCCAAAAGAAGUACACUAGAGAGAAAACUUGACAAACUUAUACUUACACUUUUUGGAACCCUCUUUCUCAUGUGUCUCAUUGGAGCUAUUGGCAGCGGUGUAUUCAUCAAUCGCAAGUACUUCUACUUGGGUCUAAAUGAAGGUGUAGAAGAUCAGUUCAAUCCUCAAAAACCUUUUGUGGUUGCUAUUCUUACUAUGUUCACUCUUAUUACUCUAUAUUCAACCAUCAUUCCUAUAUCUCUUUAUGUUUCCAUUGAGAUGAUCAAGUUUAUCCAGUGUACCCAAUAUAUCAACAAGGACUUGCAUAUGUUUCAUGCUGAGAGUAAUACCCCUGCAUUGGCUAGGACUUCCAAUUUGAAUGAGGAACUGGGACAAGUGGAGUACAUAUUUUCUGAUAAAACUGGAACUCUAACAAGAAAUUUAAUGGAGUUUUUCAAGUGUUCAAUUGGAGGAGAGGUGUAUGGCACUGGUGUCACUGAAAUAGAGAGGGGAUUAGCACAGCGGAGAGGCCAUAAACUUGAGGAGGGGCAAAAGUCAGCCAAUGUGGUGCAAGAGAAGGGAUUUAAUUUUGAUGAUGCUAGACUUAUGCGAGGAGCUUGGAGGAAUGAGCCUAAUCCUGAUCUUUGCAAGGAAUUUUGCAGAUGCCUUGCUAUAUGUCAUACAGUGCUUCCGGAGGGUGAUGUAACAUCCCCUGAGAAAGUUACAUAUCAAGCUGCAUCACCGGAUGAAGCUGCUUUGGUUACUGCUGCAAAAAACUUUGGCUUCUUUUUCUACAGGCGUACACCAACAACCAUAUAUGUUCGUGAAUCUCAUGUUGAAAAGAUGGGUAAAAUUCAAGAUGUUUCAUAUGAGAUCUUAAAUGUUCUUGAGUUUAAUAGUACAAGGAAGCGCCAGUCUGUUGUUUGUCGCUAUCCAGAUGGCAGGCUUGUAUUAUACUGCAAGGGUGCUGACACUGUGAUCUAUGAGCGAUUAGCUGAUGGGAAUGAUGAUUUAAAGAAAGUAUCUAGGGAUCAUUUGGAAAAUUUUGGAUGUUCUGGGCUACGUACCCUUUGCUUAGCUUAUAGAGAUUUAAGUCCUGAUAUGUAUGAAAGCUGGAAUGAGAAGUUCAUUCAGGCGAAAUCUUCUCUACGCGAUCGUGAAAAGAAGUUGGAUGAGGUGGCUGAACUCAUAGAAAAAGAUCUGAUUUUGGUUGGGUGCACUGCCAUUGAGGACAAGCUUCAAGAAGGAGUUCCAUCUUGCAUAGAGACGUUAUCUAGGGCUGGUAUUAAAAUUUGGGUGCUUACAGGAGAUAAGAUGGAAACUGCAAUAAAUAUAGCUUAUGCAUGCAAUCUAAUAAACAAUGAAAUGAAACAGUUUAUUAUCACUUCUGAAACUGAUGCAAUCAGAGAAGUUGAAAAUAGGGGUGACCAAGUGGAAAUUGCACGGUUUAUUAAAGAAGAAGUUAAAAACCAGUUGAAGAAGUGCCUUGAGGAAGCGCAGCACUAUCUCCAUAUGGCGUCUAGACCAAAAUUGGCACUUGUAAUAGAUGGGAAGUGUUUGAUGUAUGCAUUGGAUCCAAGUUUACGAGUGAUUCUUCUCAAUUUAAGCUUGAAUUGUUCCUCAGUUGUUUGCUGCAGAGUUUCUCCUUUACAAAAAGCACAAGUGACAAGUUUGGUCAAAAAAGGUGCAAAGAAGAUAACACUUAGCAUUGGUGAUGGUGCCAAUGAUGUUAGCAUGAUUCAAGCUGCUCAUGUUGGUAUUGGAAUUAGUGGGCAAGAGGGCAUGCAGGCAGUGAUGGCUAGUGAUUUUGCUAUUGCCCAGUUUCGUUUUCUUACUGAUUUACUUCUUGUUCAUGGACGAUGGUCCUAUCUUAGGUUAUGCAAGGUUAUCACAUACUUCUUUUACAAGAAUCUUACAUUCACUUUGACUCAAUUUUGGUUCACUUUUGAAACUGGAUUUUCUGGUCAAAGGUUCUAUGAUGAUUGGUUUCAAUCCUUAUACAAUGUUAUAUUUACGGCCCUGCCCGUGAUCAUGGUUGGGCUUUUUGACAAGGAUGUCAGUGCAUCUCUUUCCAAGAAAUAUCCUGAAAUAUACAUGGAGGGAAUAAAGAAUGUAUUUUUUAAAUGGAGGGUUGUGGCAGUAUGGGCCUUCUUUUCUGUCUACCAAUCUCUGAUCUUCUAUUACUUUGUGAGCUCGUCUAGCUCAAAUGCUCAAAAUUCAUCCGGCAAGAUGUUUGGUCUUUGGGAUGUCAGCACAAUGGCAUUUACUUGUGUUGUAGUUACUGUUAACAUACGUCUUCUUUUGAUGUGCAAUUCAAUUACAAGGUGGCAUUAUAUCAGUGUUGGAGGAAGCAUUGUAGCAUGGUUUGUAUUCAUUUUCAUAUACUCUGGUAUUAUGACUCCAUAUGACCGACAGGAAAAUGUUUAUUUUGUCAUCUAUGUCUUGAUGAGUACAUUCUAUUUCUACUUGACAACUCUUCUUCUUCCUAUUGCUGCUCUUCUUGGGGAUUUCAUUUACCAAGGGAUACAAAGAUGGUUCUUCCCGUAUGAUUAUCAGGUUGUUCAGGAAAUUCACAGGCAUGAACCAGAAGGUAGAACCAGGACAGAAUUGCUGGAGAUUGGAAGCCAGCUUACACCAGCUGAGGAAAGGAGCUACGCAAUAGCUCAACUACCACGAGAGUUAUCAAGACACACAGGCUUUGCUUUUGAUUCACCUGGGUACGAGUCAUUCUUUGCUGCACAGCUUGGUGUAUUUGCACCUCAGAAAGCAUGGGAUGUUGCUCGGAGAGCCAGCAUGAAGUCUCGCCCCAAAUUAGGGCAUAAGAAAUAAACUACACAAGAUUCUUGUAUAAAAAUCCCCAUUUUGACAGUCUAGCUUUAGAAAAAUUUGUAAAUUAGUUUGUUCUGUAUCUUAGUUUUAGUUAUGUUUUUGAUAUAUAUAGAUUUCAUUUGAAUUUUGGUUCCACUUUUAUAGACUUCUUUUAUUGAGAAGCUGUAGUUGUGCAAGGGUUGUCGCCUGUGUGCAUUUAAAUGGUCUAUAAUCAAACGACGAGUAUUUUUCCCCCUUUAA